AUGGACGCCAAGCCGAUGGUGGCCACUGACCGUGGCGAUGUCAAGAAGUUGAAGGAUCUGCUGAACCAGGAGGAUGCCAUGGCGAUGGUUGUGGUGACGGCGACGAGCAAGAAGCCUCCCGGGGAGGACCAACCCCCUGCCGGUAACAUUAUCAACCCCCUACUUCUGGCAUCUGCGCGUGGGGGCUCCUGGGAAGCGCUGAAUCUCCUUCUGGAGAGGGAAGACGCAAAAAAGCCACAAAUGAUGGUUCCUACUCGCAAGUUUCUUCAGUUGAUAGCGAGAAGCAGCAGCGCCCAGGGAAGAAUCCCGGUGUCAGCUGCUGGUGAUGUAGAAGAGGGCGUCGACGACCAGCCUGUAUCUUCGGUUGCAGCUGGAGCACUCCUCAAGGGCCUCACCCCUCAAGGGGAUACUGCACUGCAUGUGGUCACCAAUGGAGGGGGCCGAAAUUUCUUGAAGUAUGCGGGCAUCAUCUGUAACAGGGACAAGAGAAUCCUGUUUUCCAGGAAUCACAAUGGCGACACACCGUUACAUCGUGCUGCCAGAGUUGGGCAACCCAGAAUGGUUUCUUAUCUCAUUCAUCUAGCUGCUCGUGAAGGUGCCGACACGAAGCUCCGGUUUUUGAGAAUGGAAAAUAACCGUCACGAGACGGCCCUCCACCAGGCUGUACGAUUUGAAUACGGUAGAGGUCUGCGUUAUGAGGAGAAGGAAGCAUUUAUUGGUGCUGCUGACCCCGCCAGAGAAGAAAAGAAUAAGCGUGACGAGAUAGGGGGUGUCCUAAAUGAAGACGGUAAAAGUCUGGGUGAUGCGGAGGGCACACCAGAAGAAAGGAAUAUUGUGAAGCUGCUAAUGGGUGCUGAUGCCGAAUUGGCUAAUUAUCCUGCAGAUGGUGUUUCACCCUUGUAUCUAGCCAUCUUGCUGGGGAAGAGUACCAUUGCACUGAUUCUAUAUCAUAUGAGUCGUGGCAAUCUCUCCCAUUCCGGAGCAGAUGGACAAAAUGCCUUGCAUGUUGCGGUUCUUCGGGACCGAGUGAUGGUAGAGUUCCUAGUGCAUUGGAACAGAAGCCUUACUGCACAAGUGGACAAAGAUGGGAGCACGCCGCUUCACUUUGCAUCAUCGGUGUACUUCCGGACUGGCUCGGAUCUGCGUUUUAUGUUCCUCCGCACUCUCCCUUGGUGUCGUUUUGUAUGGAUUCCCUGGGGAAAAAAGAUACACGAUCUAGUAUUCAAUGCGAACCCCGCCGCAUUGUACCAAGCUGACAAGGACGGAUAUUUUCCCAUACAUGUGGCUGCCUCUGUAGGUCUCAAAGAUGUCGUGCAAUUCUUCUUUAAUGAUUACCCAGAUAGUGCCGGAUUGUGUGACGCUAAAGGAAGGACGUUCCUUCAUGUUGCCGUCGACAAGGAAGAAUUUGACAUUGUCUCGUAUGUAUGUCGAACUCCAUCUUUAGCUUGGAUUCUGAAUAUGCAAGACAAUGAUGGGAACACGGCAUUGCACUUAGCUAUCGAGGCUCGGAAUUUCAAGAUUUUUUGUGCUCUAUUUGGGUCUCGACGGGUAUGUCUGAAUCGGAUAAAUAACCAAGGGGAAACUCUCCGUGAUCUAGCCAAAAGUAAGGUUCCACACGGAAUAAGUUAUAUAGAGAACCCUGAGUGCAAAAUACACGAGGUAUUAUGGCGUGCUGAAACGAGCACGGUGCCCUUCGAGAGGAUAAGCUUCAUGAAAGAUACAUGA